AUGUCACAAAUCAGCAAUGGUAAUGGACGCCAGUCCAUCCGUAACCCAAACCCUCCUAUCGAGGAUAGCGUGUUCAAGUCACUGAGACUUGAUGGGCGUACUGUGAUCAUCACCGGGGGCUGUGGUGGUAUCGGUUAUGAGGUUGCUCGUGGCCUUGCCGAAGCUGGCGCCAAUUUGGCUUUGUGGUACCACUCAUCUCAGAAUGCCGCCAAGCUCUCAGCAAAGAUUGCUAGCGACUUUUCAGUCACCGUCAAGACGUACCAGGUGGAUGUGCGAGACAACACCCAGGUGGAGGCUACCGUCGACAAGGUGGUGCAGGACUUUGGCCGACUGGAUGUCAUGAUUGCCAAUGCCGGAAUUCCUACAAAGGCCGGUGGCUUGGAUGAUACCAUUGAGGAUUGGAACAAUGUUCGUGCAAUCGACUUUGAUGGCGCUUAUUACUCUGUACGCGCUGCUGGUCGAGUCUUCCGCGAGCAGAAGCGAGGUGUGGGCAUCAUUACGGCCAGCAUGAGCGGCCAUGCCGCCAAUGUUCCACAAGAACAGACCUGUUACAAUGCCUGCAAAGCUGGGUGCAUUCACCUUGCAAAGAGCUUGUCGGUUGAGUGGGCGAAAUGGGGAGGACGCAUCAACUCGGUGAGCCCGGGAUACAUCGACACGGCUAUUUCUGGUGACUGCCCUUUUGAGAUGAAAGAGGAAUGGUACAGCCUCACUCCUCUGAAGCGUGACGCGGAUCCAAGGGAACUCAAGGGCAUUUACCUCUAUCUCGCUAGCGAUGCAAGUUCCUAUACGACAGGGGCCGACUUUGUCAUCGAUGGUGGAUACACUGCUCGAUAG